UUGUCAUGGAUGAUGAAGACGGCAGGUGCCUUCUAGAUGUAAUUUGUGACCCAGAAGCUCUCAAUGACUUUCUUCAUGGAUCUGAGACCCAUUUGGACACUGACGACCUUUUGGAUGGUUCGAGUGACCCCUCCAGCUCGUUCUUCUCUACCACUGGGGGCCAUGUUCCAGAGGUCCAGCCUGCAGUCCAACUGUCGGCCAAUGAGCCAGCAGGCCUGCCUAGAGUCAGCGUUGACCUGGACUUCCUGGAGGAUGAGGACAUCUUGGGAGGAUCCCCAGGUGGUGAAGGUGGGAGCAAUGGCAUUGGGACAAAUCACGAGCCAUGUGACAUCCUGCAGCAGAGCUUGGCUGAAGCCAACAUCACAGAGCAAAGCCUGCAGGAGGCAGAGGCUGAGCUGGACCUGGCCUCCUUUGGAAUUCCAGGCCUUACGCAGGUGGUUCAGACACUGCCUGAUGCCAGCCUCUCUGGAGCUGGAGGCACUGCUGUUGGUGUAGGCAUAGGUGUUGGUGUUGGGGGAGCAGCAACAAUUUUCCCAGGGUCUGCCCCGAGCACCACUGCUACUCCUCCCAAUGCUGCAGCUGAUAUGCUGGGGUCAGUGCUUGCUCAGCAGGGCCUUCAACUCCAACCCCAGGUCAUGAACAAGGCCAUUAGUGUUCAGCCAUUUAUGCAGCCUGUGGGUCUGGGAAAUGUGACGCUUCAACCCAUUUCAAGUCUCCAAGCUCUUCCUAAUGGGAGUCAGUCUGGACAUUUGGGUAUCGGACAGAUUCAGGUUGUGGGUCAGCCUACAGUCAUGACUAUCAAUCAGUCUGGGCAGCCAAUCCUGGCUAAAGCCAUGGGUGGUUACCAGCUGCAUCAGUCUGGGCCAGAGGUAUCAGGUGCUGGUUCUCAGGCAGGGCUUGGAGGCUCAGGGGGUGGACUUCUUAUCCAAGGUAACAAAGCCACAUUGGGAUCUCCAGCUUUAAAUGGACCAGCUGUUUGUGUCAGCAGCACAAACAGCAGCAGUGGUGGUACAAUGACUGCUCCUGCUGGGCUUGUGGGCUUUGGCAGUACCCCUCUAAGUUCAGGAAUUGGACCCCAGCCGCAAACUCAAGGCCAAAUCAUGCAGAACGUGAUCAUCCAGCGCACACCAACACCAAUUCAGCCUAAACCCCCUCAGGGGGGAGCCAUCCAACCGAAACUCUUCAAACAGCAACAACAGCAGCAGCAGCCACAGCCAGCACCCCAACCCCUGCAAAACGAUGCCCACAAGGCUCUAGGGCUGCAGCAACUUCCAGUUUCUACUGCUCAAAAUGUAGCCUUCCUGACAGGAAAGCCAGGCUCUAAUGUUGUCCUGAGUACUCAAGCCACAACACAAGGCCCUCAGUUUCAACAAACCCUAUUCAAACAACAAGCAGCACAACCAUCUGGCAAGCCCCUCAGUGUACAUGUGUUAAACCAACCAGGCAGCAUUGUUAUUCCCUCUCAGACAGUUCUGCAAGGUCAGAACCACCAGUUUCUCCUGCCACAGCUACAAGCAGGUGGGCAGAUCUUGACCCAGCACCCCGGGGGCCACAUCAUAACUAGUCAAGGUCCUGGUGGACAGCUCAUUGCAAACCAGAUUUUAACUGCAAACCAGAACAUCAACUUGGGUCAGGUGUUGACUUCACAGGGCCACCCUGGGGCUGCCCACAUCCUCUCUGGACCCAUUCAGCUCCAGCCUGGCCAGAUGGGCACACCCACCCUCUUUCAGAUGCCUGUCUCAUUGGCACAGAGUCAAAGCCAGACACAUACCCAUACUGUCUCAGGUCAUGCCCAGACAGUCAUACAGGGCAUGCCAAUCCAGAACUCCCUGACCAUGCUUAGUCAGGUGGAGGGGCUGAGCCCCGCAGUCAGCCUUCAGCCAGCCCUACAGCCCCAGCCAGGUGGAGUUCCCAGCAGCAGCAGCAGCAGCACAGGAGCAGCAACCAUGGCUCAAGGCCAGCCUGGAGAGUGUGUUACUGUACUCGGUAGCUCCACAGACCAGGCUGCCCAUCCCACUCAGCAGCACGUACCACAAUCCUCUAUCCUCGCCAUGCAACCGGCUUCCUCUGUGUCCACGGCUACCACAAUACCUUCCUCUUCUCCGUCCAUGUCUGUGUCCACCUCUUCCUCUGUCACAGCAGUGGGGCUGGUCCCCCCUCAGGCUCAACACAGUCCAGGAAGGUUACUGUUCACCAACCAGGGCUCCAGCAUGAUCCUGAGCCAGGAGUCUCUGCAGAUGUUCCUGCAACAGGAGCAGCACCACCAAACAGAGAAUGAGUCAACCCCCUCUGUGGGCGUACCAGCGUCUGUAAUCGUCAGCAGCAACAGCAUCAAUGCUCCGGCCCCCGCUGUCCAUGACAGCCAGUUAACUGACUCGUGGGUGGGUCAGAGCCACAGCCCUUCCCCUGGCCCCUCCCACAUGACAGCAGUGGUAAAGCAGGUACCCUCCAGCGGACAUAAACAGCCCCUGAAGAUCCAGGGCAUGUCCCCGUCUCCGGUCUUGACCACUCACACCGCAGCCCCCGCAGUGGCAGACAGCCCCCAACCUUCCCCGUCCCCUCUCACUCUGAGCCAGCAGAUCCAGUCACCACACCAUCAACAGCAGUCGCAUCCUCCCUCUCAGCCUCAGCCACAGUCUCAAACUCCCUCCCGCGCAUGCACACCCUCAUCUCAUCCACCGCUCUUUAUUGUCCAUAACCAAAUAGCAGAGUCCCCCCAACCAGCUUCACAAGGCCAGCCGCAGCAGACACAACCCCAGCAGGCACACAUUCAAGUUCAGCUUCAGCCUCAGCCACGGCCGGCCUCUCAGCCUGCCCCUUAUCAACAAGACAUGCCACCUAUGUCACAGUCACCCAAGCCUCCUCCUGCACCACCUAUACAGCACCAGUUUACUGCUCCUCCUGUGAGCACUUCUGCCACUGCUAUAGUCAAAGCCCAGGUUCCCAUUCCGGGUCUGACAGCAGAGCAGCAGCACCACCUGCAAUUAAUAGGAGUGCAAAUUCAGACCCUGUCAGGCAUCACCCAGCCCUCACCUCAGCAGAAACAGCUGCUUGAUAAGCUGCACCAGGUCCAGCAGAACAUCCUGCUGCAGGCCAAGCAACCUGCUCAGCCUCAGGCCACCAGUCAGUUCAGCUCCCAGCAAGAUGUGCCUGUUGAUAAAGUGGUGAUUGCAUCAUCAGCCAGCACUGGUACACCUGCUCAGCUUCCCUCAGUGCUGCAGCCGACAUCAGUGCUUGUCAAAACUCCUGCUACAGCAUCAAGUGACUUACAGGUAUUCUCAGGAGCCCAAGGGCAAGCUGGAGCAAUGGUGAAUCAGACUGUCACUCCUGUCAGCCUUACCCAGCCUGCACAGGUUCAGCCAAAGCCAGGGGUGAUCAGCUCAGUUGGAGGGAUGACACUGGGGAAAGGUGGGAUGCAGAUACAGGUGUUAGGAGCUAGUCUGACUCAAAUGCCUGCUCCACAGCCCCCAGCUCCAGUACAAACUCAGACAACAACAAUGAAGAUGCCUUUCAGUGCAGAGCCCAGCAAAGAAGCCAGGAUGCUAGAACAGCUGAGGAAACAGCAGGGUUCAGUGCUUCACCCAAACUACAGUGCUCCUUUCCUCUCUUUUGAGGACACACUGCACAGAUUGCUGCCUUACCAUCUCUACCAGGGAACUGCCAACUCUUCUCAAGACUAUCAAAGAGUGGAUGAUGAAUUUGAGAGGGUCUCCUGCCAGCUGCUGAAAAGGACCCAGGCCAUGCUGGAUAAAUAUCGGUACCUGCUCUUUGCUGAAUCAAAACAGAGACUGGGUCCCUCGGCAGAGAUGGUAAUGAUUGACCGGAUGUUCAUUCAGGAGGAAAAGAUUGCAUUGAGUCAGGACAGGAUUUUGGCCAAGGACAGACCAGAGGAGUUUGUGGCAAAUGCGCGAAUGUUGGAGAGUGUAGUUUCAUCCCAACAGAAACCAUCUUCUGAUGAGCCCACCUCAGUGAGUGGAGGUGUAGCUGCUGCUGUCCCUGCUCCAGCACCUGCAGCUCCUGCCCCAGCACUUCUUCCAAACAUCUCCCCAAAACCUCCUCCGGGACCCAAUCCAGCUCCAGCUCCAGCUCCAGCUCCAGCUCCAGCUCCAGCUCCAACACCUUCUUCCACCGCUUCUGCCACCCCUUUCCACCCUACCAAACUAGUAAUAAAGCAGGGUGGAGGUGGAGCCUCUGUGUCCUGGUCCAGCAGCUGUCCCCCUCCUCCAGCUGCCGCAAGCAGGCUGGUGGCUGAACCCACCAGCCAGAGCACCUCCUCCAGUCGCGCUCUUGCAGCAUCAUCCUCUUUCUCCUCUUCAUCCUUCAACUCUCAAGCGACUGAUGAUGACGACGCUCUCCCACAGAGAACCAGCAAACCGCCUAUCAAGACCUACGAGGCUCGCAGGAGAAUUGGCUUGAAGCUUAAGAUCAAGCAAGAUCAGACGGGGUUCAGUAAGGUAGUCCACAACACUGCCUUAGAUCCAGUGCACACACCUCAACCUCAGCAGAGCAGCCAGUCCAUAUCCCAGCCUCAGUUUGAAGCUGCUGUCCCACACCCAAAGUCCCACCCUUUAUCAAGUCCUCCUACGACAGUCAUCAGAACUCAGUCCCCCGUAUGUACUGCUUCUUCUGCCUCAUCGGUCACCAUAGCAACCACUCAGUGUAAUCCGCCACUGAGAGGCAAUGUUCCUCCCAAUGCAGCUCCAGCUUCCUCUACCUCUUCCUCUCAUAGUUGGUCGUUGUCCACCUCCUCCUCCACCCAAAUGAAUGGGACGUUGGAUCACCACGACAUGGGUGGGGUCAAACACAAUUCUGCCUCCACUGCCACUCCCUCACAGACAACAUGCCGUCUCCCCCUUCGGAAAACCUACCGGGAAAACAUUAGUCCCCGGGUCAGACCUGGUGUCCCAGGGGGAGGAGAUGAGAGUUUGUCCUACCCCAGACCCACGGUGUCACCCCCAAGGCACGAGGCCUCAUCUCCUCCCUCAGAGCGGACAGUGAUAGCAAGUGUGAAGGUGGAGAAAAGAGACAGGGAGGCUUUGCAUACUCAUACAGAGUCAAGCCACGAAACAGCCCGUUUAGGGAGUGCAAUGCAGGGGCUAGAUGAAAUGGAUGAGGUGUUUAACCGUGGUAUCAAAACCACACAACACCAUCAUCUUCCACAGCUCCUGGACAGGGAAGCGGCAAAGGACAGGGGAGAGGAGCACACAGACCAAGAGACAGAUGUAAGUAAAUACAAACGAGCGAGUGGAAAAAAUAGACAUAGGGCAGGUGGGACAUUCAGAAUGGACCAGCAUGCCCCUGGGCCUCCAUCUCCAGAGACAUCCUUCACACGAGACUCUUUGCUUCCUGCCAAACGCUGCAAGUCGGACUCCCCAGACAUGGAUAAUGCCAGCUUCUCCAGCGGCAGCCCUCCGGACGACUCUCUGAAUGAGCACCUGCAGUCUGCCAUCGACAGCAUCCUAAACCUGCAGCAGGAGCCCUCUGCCCGCGGGCACCACAUUAAAGGGGGCAAUAGCAGGUCCCAUCAACACCAAAGCCAGCGCCCAGGGGGCUCGGCAGCCUCCCACAGACCCUCAGUCCCACCUUCCUCCUCUGCUUCCUCGUCCUCCUCCUUGGCCCAGCACCCUCAGGUCGGUGGCCGUGGCCACAAUGGCAGCCUGGUGCCCCACACUCAAAGCAGAUAACAGCCCCUCAGCCCCAGGCCGGACUGACACUGGGAACUAAGACAGACUUGGAGGCAGGGGCAGGGCGGCACUGUGAAAACAGUAUCACUGUACUACUCUGCCAAGCUGUGUUGGCUUUGUUUGUCCAUUUGAAUUGUCCAGACAUUUCUCAUUUGUGUCAUGUCAGUUACAGCCUGAGGUAGACCUGUGGUGGAAUACAUGUGAGUGUGGUCAAAGGUAAAAUCUUUUAGAACUGCAGACUGGAAGAUGCCUGUCAUUUUGUGUGUCAGCCAAGCUCAAAUAACAAGAUGAAAUUGUCAGAGGUUGUUGUUCUCCAUUUCUUUCUACUUCACUUUUGAUCUUUUUCUGAUUCGGUAUUCAUACAUUCCUUUCAUGUGGCCUGAACACCAGUCUUUAUUCAUAGCAGUUAAUCUCUUGGUUUGAACGGUGUCCCAAUGAGCAUCUGACAGCUCAUUGAAGUAGUUCAGAAGUCAUCAACUUUCUGUAACCUGGCUACCUACAGCUGAGAGACAGAAGAGUACACAACUAGAUUCAUACACUAAAACUUCAUAAUACAUAUAGCAUUUUACUUUACCAACCAAAUGUAGUUUGUUAUGACAAAGAUACUGCUGCCCUACAGACCCAAACAGCACAUGCUGAAAUGAUACAGUACACCUCCAUUUCAGGAAUGCAUUUCUUUAGGCAGUAAAUGAGUUGAAGUCUCAGUUACACUUCCCACAAGACAACUGCCCCUUGUCUGUGAUUGUCAAAAUCAAUUAGCUUCAUCCUCCACCAAGCCUGCAUUUCAUAUUACAAGCAUUCUACAGCAAAACAUGUUGAGAAAAUCAUUUUGAAAAAUUAUGAAGUUCUUUUCCUUACAACUGUUCUUGCAAACUGUAAUGGUCAUGAAAUGUAAGAAAAUUCUGUUAUUUUUCUGCUUCUAAUGUCAGAUGAUUUUCCAGGUUCUUCUUCUUAGACCACACCUCCACACACACCUGCCCCCUGUUGGUAAUGAUGCCAGGUUAGGACUGUAUGCAUUUCAGUCAGCAGGGGGCAGGAUAGUUUUAACUGUUGAUUUUUUUGUGUUCUCCGUCUGUUUGUUUCAUCAUUCUGCCACUUUAUCCCUGCCUCCCAUGUGUGUUUUUUUGUGUUUUUAAGCCUCGUGGACAAUUCAAACACAAACACAGCACAAGCAUUGAAAUAGAAAAAAGGAACAAUAAUAAUGUACAAAAAGACCGUAAGAGAAUUUGAAGUAUAGUAUUACAGAUUAAUUUUGUAUUGUAUUUAUUGUGUAUAAUGACACUUUUUAAAAAGAAAUGUACAUUUAGUAAAACUGUAAAUUAAACCUUGCUUCU